AUGCUGGAGAUUGUUGGCGAACAUAUCUCGAUCUUCUACGGCGGCGACGAUCGGCAUGCUGGCAAAGCAGACGAGCUGCUUGCUGCAUGUAUGCGUGACGGAAAGUUGGAAGGAGAAGCUUGGUAUUGCCGCUCUGACGGCUCGCGCUAUGGGCCAAUUUAUCAGUUUGGUCAGCACGUGGGUUUCGUGAAGCUGGUGCGGGACGACACAGAACGAAAAACAACCGAAGCAAAUAUGAUCGCAGCACUUCAUGAAUAA